GUGUGUGUGUGUGUGUGUGUGUGUGUGUGAUCAGCUGAUGAGCCCUCUGAAUCGGGAGCAGGCGUCCUCGGCUCGCGAUGCUUUGUCCAAGGCGGUGUACGGACGCACCUUCACCUGGCUGGUGAACAAGAUCAACGCUUCACUGACAUACACGGACGACUCCUCGAAGCAUUACUCCGUCAUCGGCCUCCUCGACAUCUACGGCUUCGAGGUCUUCCAGCACAACAGCUUCGAGCAGUUUUGCAUCAACUACUGCAACGAGAAGCUGCAGCAGCUCUUCAUCGAACUCACCCUGAAGUCUGAGCAGGAGGAGUACGAAGCCGAGGGCAUCACGGUCAGUCAAAUGCAGGAAUAA